CCCUGUCCCCGUUAUAAGCAUUUCCAAGCUAGGUUAGCUGUCAAUUCACUCCACCGCAUCACGCCAGGGACGCUCCGGGCUGUGCAGACUCCUUUUGCAAAUACCUUUGCUGCAUCGCACAAUGGCUGUCCCUCCAGCAUACUCAGACCUGGGCAAGGCCGCCAAAGAUAUAUUCAGCAAGGGAUAUGGCUUUGGUGUUGUGAAGCUGGACCUCAAGACCAAAUCACAAAGCGGAGUGAUGGAGUUCAACACAUCUGGCUCCAGUAACACAGAUACAGGGAAGGCCUCAGGGAGCCUGGAGACCAAGUACAAGAUGAAGGAGCUAGGCCUGAGCGUCAACCAGAAGUGGAACACAGAUAACACCCUGGGUACUGAAGUCACUGUGGAGGACCAGCUGGCUCAAGGACUGAAAGUUGGCUUGGAUACAUCUUUUGUACCAAACACAGGCAAGAAGAGUGGCAAGCUCAAGACUGGCUACAAGCGUGACUAUAUGAAUAUUGGCUGCGAUGUUGACUUUGAGGGUCCCAUCAUCCACGCUUCUGCUGUGUUGGGCUAUGAAGGCUGGCUGGCAGGCUAUCAGAUGGCCUUUGAUACGGCCAAAUCCAAACUGGCUCAGAACAACUUUGCACUCGGAUACAGGGCCGGGGACUUCCAGCUUCACACCAAUGUUAAUGACGGGACUGAGUUUGGCGGCUCCAUCUACCAAAAGGUAAAUGACGAGUUGGAGACAGCGGUUACUCUGGCCUGGACAGCUGGCAGCAACAACACUCGUUUCGGCAUUGCUGCCAAAUACAAGCUGGACAAAGAUGCCUCUCUGUCUGCCAAAGUGAACAAUGCCAGUCUGAUCGGAAUAGGCUACACCCAGAGCCUUCGACCAGGUGUUAAGGUCACCCUCUCAGCUCUCAUUGAUGGCAAGAACUUCAACGCCGGCGGACACAAAGUCGGCAUGGGCUUCGAGGUUGAAGCGUAAACACGAAACCUACCAAUAAAGAAGAAGAAGCCCACUUCAGCACUUAGUUUUCGGCACCCUCCUAUCACGAUAACUUGUCUCCUUCUCUUGUCUCUGGACUCUCCCUCACACACCCCUCCCUUGUUCAUACUUCUGAUGAGCAUUUCUGACAGUAAUAGUCAAGUCUUAGCAUUAUGCUUAAAAAGUUGUGUGGCUGAUCCUGAAACUGGCGGUGCAUAGUUGUGGAGAAUUGUUUUUAUGGCGUUUGAAAUAACUAUUUAUUUCCCUGUAGGUCUUGAAUGAAGUAGUUGUUGGUGUACAUGUGUAGCUCAUUUAAAGCUUCAGUACUGAGUUAUUACUGCAUUCCUAAAAGCAUGUCAAAUGAAGGGUUGGAUGCAGAGCUUAAAGCUUAUUUGCUUGGUUAAAAGAGGUGCAGAGUGUCGUCGCUUUAUUUUUGUAUCCAUUUGAACGGUUUUGGCUUUUUUUGCUGCAAUCCAAGGACUAUUUAAUCCAUGUCAUUGUUUUCAUACAACACAUAUCAUUAAAUAUUGAAGUAGUGGUGGAUGAAGUUAAAGACCGAUUUCUGGAAUGACGACAUGAACGAUGUUAGAUCUAUUCUAUGCCAUCACCAGUGUGCGAAUGUGUGUGUGAAUGGGUGGAUGACUGGAUAUGUAAAGCGCUUUGGGGUCCUUAGGGACUAGUAAAGCGCUAUAUAAAUACAGGCCAUUUACCAUUUACCAUUCUUGCACAUGUCUCAAAAUGCUUUUUUAGCCCUUUGUGACUUCUGUUUUUGGUAGGUGAAAUCAACAUAAUGGAAUCUUCUGGUAGCUCUUUGGGUUUGUUUGUGUUUUUACAUUUCUACAGUGUUGUUUUCAUCUAUCUGUCUCAGCUCAACGGUUACAAUGAAAGUGAGGCUAUUUUGCUUCUGUAUCUCAGAGGCACCAGUUAUCUUAACUUGACUGCCAGCUGUUUCCUCAUGUUGCUCGGGGACCUCACUCGUUGCUGUCAGUGAUCGUGUCUUCAAAACUAUCUCCACUCUUAAGCUCUGUAUAUUAAAGUACAGGUGCUUGUCCUCCAAGUAAUUCCAGUCGAAACACUUGAGGAGUGUUGUGUCCCCAGAUGUCUGUCCUGUUACUUUGGUUGGAAAUCCUGCAUCAGAAUGUUUCUUUUUCAUCUUGUGUUGUCAUUAUUAUUAUUAUUAUUAUUAUGAGACUUUCUUUUCUUUGUCACAUAGACACAGUACCUCAUUUUUUCCAGUGUAAACUAAGAGAACUCUAAUAAUAAAAAAAAAGGGAAAACAGCA